AUGCGCGAGCCAAACUCUCGCGAGAACGUCUGCUACUUCGUAGAGACUUGGCGCGGCCGGAACGCCUGGGAUAUGGCCCGCCUGGUGCCGUCCUGGACCCGGUUGGACAAACAGCAAGAGCGGGACGUGCGAGAGCUCAUCCGGCGUGUGUCUGGCCUCCAAGACGAGGCAGAUCCCAACUUCCAGCUGGCCCUGAACUUCGCCUGGUCCAACUUCAGAUUUCAUCGUUUCUUGGAUGUCAACAGCCACAAAAUAGAAAAGACAAUAGAAGGAAUUUAUGAAAAAUUUAUUAUUCAUUCUGAUCUCAGCAAAGCUGCUAGUUGGAAGAAAUUAACUGAGGAAUUUCUAAAUUCAUCACUUCCCAGCAUAAAAGAAAUAAAGGUAUGCUUCCAACCAACAGAUGAGCCAGAUGGCCGAAGCUGGUUAGAACAGCAUGUGGUUCAUCAGUACUGGACAGCCAGACCCUCACGAAUUCCACAUAGUUUGCAUUUACACUCCAAUUUAGCUGCUGUAUGGGAUCAACACUUGUACAGUAGUGAUCCAUUGUAUGUUCCAGAUGAUAGAGUUUCUGUUACUGAGACACAGGUUAUUCGGGAAACUCUAUGGUUACUUUCAGGGGUAAAAAAACUCUUUAUAUUUCAGUUGAUAGAUGGGAAGGUAACUGUGAGAAACAAUAUUAUAGUAACUCAUUUGACACACAGCUGUUUACGAUCUGUGCUGGAACAAAUUGCAGCAUAUGGCCAGGUUGUAUUUCGACUCCAGGAAUUCAUUGAUGAAGUCAUGGGACACAGCUCCGAAAGCCCAUUACCUGGAAGUGGUUCCAUUCCUAAAAAGUCAACUGAAGCUCCCUUUAGAACCUACCAGGCUUUCAUGUGGGCCCUGUACAAAUAUUUUAUUAGCUUCAAAAAGGAACUUACAGAAAUUGAGAAGUCCAUCAUCAAUAAUGAUACCACCAUAACUCUUGCAAUAGUAGUGGACAAGCUCUCACCUCGAUUGGCUCAGCUCAAGGUUUUGCACAAAGUGUUUAGUACUGGAGUAGCAGAAGUUCCCCCUGACACUCGGAAUGUUGUCCGGGCAUCUCACCUGCUCAAUACCCUGUACAAGGCCAUUCUUGAAUAUGACAAUGUUGGAGAAGCCUCUGAGCAAACUGUCUCCCUCCUAUUCUCUCUCUGGGUGGAAACAGUGCGGCCAUACCUGCAGACUGUGGAUGAGUGGAUUGUGCAUGGGCACUUGUGGGACGGCGCCAGGGAGUUCAUCAUACAGAGGAACAAAAAUGUUCCAGUAAAUCACAGAGACUUCUGGUAUGCAACUUACACAUUAUAUAGUGUAUCAGAAAAGACAGAGAAUGAAGAAAAAAUGAAUGACAAUGCUAGCGCAAGUUCUGGCAGUGACCAGGGUCCCUCCAGCAGGCAGCACACCAUGGUGUCCUUCCUCAAGCCUGUCCUCAAGCAAAUCAUAAUGGCCGGCAAGUCAAUGCAGCUGUUGAAGAACCUGAGGUGUGCGGAGAGCACUGCGAGCCAGGUGGCAGCCAGAGACGCAGACAGAAAAAGCUUAUACACCCUCUUUCUGGAAUCUGUACAGUCACGUCUUCGACGUGGAGAAGAUUCCACUCCACAGGUCCUUACUGAUCAACAGGCAACCAAAGAGAACCUAAUUAAGAUGCAGUCCAUAGCUGAAAGGCAUCUUGAACUGGAUGACAUUCAUGACCCACUGCUGGCCAUUAACUUUGCAAGGUUGUAUUUGGAGCAGAGUGACUUUCACGAGAAGUUUGCUGGUGGUGACAUAUGUGUGGAUAGAUCAUCAGAAUCUGUAACUUGCCAGACUUUUGAAUUAACAUUGAGGUCUUGCCUCUAUCCUCAUAUUGAUAAGCAGUACCUAGCUUGUUGUGGAAAUCUCAUGCAAACCUUAAAAAAAGAUUACAGAUUGGUUGAGUACUUGCAGGCCAUGAGAAACUUUUUCUUAAUGGAGGGUGGAGAUACCAUGUAUGACUUCUACACAUCAAUUUUUGAUAAAAUAAGAGAAAAGGAAACCUGGCAGAAUGUUUCUUUUCUUAAUGUCCAGCUCCAAGAAGCAGUAGGACAGCGUUAUCCUGAAGACAGUUCACGGUACCCUUCUCAGGAACACAUGGAUGAAGCAGUGUGCGGCACCUUGCUGCAGAAGCAGAUCGCAUUCUUUCACUCUGAACUUGCAAAUACUACUGAAAAAUCACAACUUAAAGAAGGCCUACUGAGUGAGCAAGACGCAGUUGCUCAGUUUGGAUCACAAAAGGCACCAGUAGGACAGCAGAUCCAUCGCAUGUUCCUCUUAAGAGUGAAGCUCAUGCACUUUGUGAACAGUUUACACAACUACAUCAUGACCAGGAUUCUUCAUAGCACAGGGCUGGAGUUUCAGCAUCAAGUUGAGGAAGCCAAGGAUUUAGAUCAGUUGAUUAAAAUUCACUAUAGAUAUUUGUCAACCAUCCAUGAUCGAUGUCUACUGAGAGAAAAGGUAUGAGAGAUGUUACCACCCAUGUGGCCAGUGAGGCAGGAGGAAAGCUGGGCAAGUGGGAAUUUCUAUCUGCUUUGCAAUUUUGUGAUUAUUAAGCUACUGUCCUGCACAAUCUUUUCCUAGGAAGGACAGGGUCAAAUGAGGCUACAUUACCUACCCCUUAUUUCUAAGAACAACAUGAGAACUGUAUUACCAUAGUCAGCAUCCCCUGUGCCUUACACCUGGAUUUAUUUAGAAAAUUAGGUCACAAUUGUGGAGCAAUUGUGUAUUCGGCUUAAUGUGAAUAUAUGAAAUUGAAUAGUAUCACAACCAUUGAUCUGAAUGGCCAUCCCAGGGUGGUAGCUUGCCUUCUUGGUUCCACUGUGCUGCCAGUACCUCCUUUAU